AAAAAAUGUAAGAAAGUGUCAUAGUAUGUCCUUAUUGUAAAAAUUAAGCCUUUUUUGAUCCAAGAUCAUCAUCAAGUUUUUGUAAAUCAAAGCAAUGCAAAGGAGUAGUUAUUGAAUAAGGAAAAAUUACAUAUGAAAAUGAGGUUAAUUUACAUGAAGCUGAUGAGCCUGGAAAAAAGUAAACUAGAUUUGGAGGAUAUGAAAAUAAAAGAGAAGCCUUUAAAAGUUAAAUCUGUGAAAUGUUAGGAAAAAAUGAUUCUAAAUAAAGAAAACAAUUUUAUGAGAAAUUUGAAGCUGGAGAACAUUUAAUCUAGAAAUUUUCAAACAUUUUUAAAAUGAAUGAAGCAUUUACAAAUGAUGCUAUUUCUAAAUAUAGAACUUUAAUGUUUGAUUUUGUAAAUGAAGUAUAAUAGCAAUUAUAUAUUAUAGAUUGCCAAUAAAAGUUUUUUAGCUUUAGCUGUAUUAGCUUAUCAAAUAAUCAUAUUAGAAAGAAAAAAUCAAUAAAAUCAUGAUUAAAGAAUAAAUAAAAUUACACCAGAUUUAAUGUUGAAAUAUUGUACUGUUACAUCCUAAUAAUUAGAUUAAGUUUCUAAGGCUGUAAAUAUGAAAGUAUUAAAUAAUUAAAUAUUUUUAUAGAAUUCAGUUGACCCAUAAAAACAAGAUAUUUGUCAAUAAAUUUUACAAAGAAUUAAAGAACAUAAAUUACCAUUUAAUGAAUAUGAAAUAAUGGGAAUUUAUGAUAUUCCUUCAAGACUGUUGGAUAAAACUGUAAUUAAGGGUGAAAAACAAUCAACAAUAACUUGGUAAUUAUUGAAAAUUAACAAUUUAGUGUUGUUGAAUAUAUGGUAGCUUAAUUAUCUAGUAAUCCUGAAUUAAAUAAAUUAACACUUGAUUAUUUGGCCUAAUUGAAUGAUGUAACUAAAGACACUGCCAAAAAAUUAUGGAAUACAAUUAUUGAUCAUUAAGGUUUGUAAAAUCUUAUAUGCAAAUGGUAAGGAUAAAGACCAAUAUCAGACCUCAAACAUAUAUAAUGAAAAAUUAUUAUUAUUACAAGA